AAGAAAACAGACCUGCCAACCUCACCACCACCGACCGCCGUUUCUAAACAUAGACAGCGGGAGCCCGGCCGGGGGCCCGGGGCCCAGGAUCAAGACACGGCCACAACAUCAGCCCCGACUCCCCAUCCGCACUCUUGCCGGGGGAGAGGAGCCACGGAUUGGUUACCUUUUUGCAAAGCAGGCAGAGUUAAACAACCGAGCGACGUAACAAGGCGUUGUUUGUUGUGAAACAUAUAACCAUGGGGCGCCAUCGCUCCCUUUCGAAAAGACGGCGAACGAAGGACUCUGCCGUGUCACAUCACCAAGCUCGCCUCUUGACUUAUGUGAUCUAUCUGUUGAGCAUCGUCCUACUCUGGUGCUCACCCUGAUGUCCGAACCUGACCGCAUCGCACCUUGAACCAUCCAUCUUCCUCUCUCUCCCUCACCGCCACACUCCUCAGUCCGAAGCAGGACCAUCGCCGACAUGGACCCAUCACCACCCUGCACACCGUCGACGUGCGACGUAUCCGAGAGCCCGUACGGCUUCCGCCCCGCGCUAGUCGCCAGCGCCGUCUUCGCGACCGUCCCGGCGGCCUGCCUCGUCGUCAACGGCGCCGUCGCCGCCCGGUCGGCGCGCCGGCACACCGCCACGGCGCCCUUCUGCGUCGUCGCCACCCUUGCCUGCGUGCUCGAGCUGCUCGGCUGGGUCGGCCGCAUGGCUGGCUGGAGCGACCCCUGGGCCGUCUACCCUCUCAUGCAGAGCCGGGCGCUCCUGACCAUCGCCCCGGUCUUCAUCACUUCGAGCAUCUACGUCUGCCUCGCCCCGAUGGUCCGAAUUCUCGGCACGGAGCACUCCCUCGUCAGGCCUGAGCUCUACACCGUCAUCCUGCUCCCGCUGGACGCCCUCGCCCUCCUCCUUCAAGUCGCCGGUCUCGCCGUCGGGUUCCGGAACGUCCCUUAUACCCUCGGCCCGGGCGACUCGUACGCCCCCGACGACGCGGGCGCCAAAAUCGUCCUCGCCGGCCUGGCAGUCCAGCUCGCGACCCUGGUCGCGGCGGGCCUCCUCCUCGCCUCCGUACUCCUCCGCGCCGCCCGCUCUCACCGCCGGCACGGCUACACGACGUUCCACCGCGACGUCGGCUACGUGCCCUUGACGCGCCGCUUCCGCAUCUUCGCCACCGCCGUCCCCUCCGCCAUGGUCGUCCUCUUCGGGCGCAUGUGCUUCCGCGUCGCCGAGCACGCCGAGGGGUUCCGGGGCCCGCUCGCGACGGGCGGCGGCGAGGGCCUCUUCGUCGGGCUGGAGGGGUUCCUCGUAGCGUACGCGCUAACGGUGGUCGUCGGGUGCCACCCGGCGCUGUUCCUGCGGGACGGCAAGAUGGUCUCGCGGAUCGAGGCGGAGCCGUUCGUCGGCAUCGACGGCGUGGGCGGCGCCUUGCGCGGCGCGGAGCACGAGCGGGACCUGGAGGAGCUGAGCAAGGUGUACCAGAGGCACCACGAGGAGGAGGAGCGGCUGUCGAGAUUUGAGCGUGUUUGAAAGACGAUACCCACUAGAUCUGCGUGCGUAAUAUUAUUGUUUCUGAUCGGUCCUCCAUAUCAUGGCUUGCCCGCGAUGGGCGUAUUUGAGUGUAGCCCUUUCCGGGCUUCGCUUGGAGUGCAUUGCCCCUGCUUCAGCACUCUGCGGACUGGUCUGUCUCAAACAGCGUCGUUAAAUGUGACAGAACCAUGAGCCUACCUAUGCUAUCUGGUGAUUCUGACUGUCACAAUAGCCCUUUUGAAUGGGAGAGGCUGGCUCUUUGUUUACACAUUGUAAAAUACCAUCACCAUCUAUUUGACCUUGACGAGCGCCAACCACAGCGACGUAGGGCUACUUGACCAGGUGCUUUUCUUAAGCGUGGUCUGUCAGGCGUCUCUACAAGCACUACUGUUCAAUCUCAUUGUGCAUGGGUAGGGGAGGAGGGGGAUGGGGUUUGGCGUGUUAGUCAAGCCAACGGUAAAACCCAGGCUGCUGCAACUGGUGUUAUCAAGCCACCCCUCAAACACAGACAGGGCUUCCUUUACGGAGUAUAUCCUCCGCUAAGUAAUCUGGAGCAAAAAUGCAUAGGGGAAGUGAAAUAAUUAAAAAAGUAAUUAGUCGA